AUGCCAAAUUAUUCAAUUCCUCGUCUUACACUUUUACGACAUAUUUGGCUAGAUUCUCUAAGUAUUUCAAUAAUUUGUUAUGCUUUCCUCUUCUCUCUUGGCAAAACUUUUGCCAAAAAACAUAAAUAUAAAUUAAAUGCUAAUCAAGAAUUGUAUGCUCUAAGUAUGUGUUCACUAAUCUCUUCUUUAUUUCCCGUAUUUCCUUUUGGUGCUUCACUCUCUAGAUCGGCUUUAUGUGAAAUUACAGGAGCUAAAACACAAUUUCAUGCACUUUUUUCUAGCGCUUUACUCCUUGUAGUUAUUCUUUGGAUUGGACCCUUACUUGAACCUCUUCCAAUUGCUGUACUUGGUUGUAUUGUUGUAGUUAGUCUUAAACCCCUUUUUCUUCAAUUUAAAGAAUUACCAAAAUUAUGGAAGAUUAAUUUAUUUGAUUUUUUAAUUUGGAUAGUUGCAUUUACAACCACCGCAUUUCUUAAUAUUACUUUUGGACUUAUUAUUUCUUUGUUUUUCUCUAUUUUGUCUAUUAUACUUAAAGAACAAUGGUUAUUUUUUUUAAAUAAAUUUUUCUAUUAA